AUGUUGAUGCCAUCUCAGUCACCAUCAUCGACGAUCACUAUUCAAACAUUACCUUCAGAUCAGCAACAGCAACAGCAGCAAAAAGAAUACGUCGAUACAUUAAACAAUCAAAAGAACACUACAGUUAUAAAGUUUCGACAAGAAAAAUCAAUGGAAUUUGAUGAUGAUUCAAGAUUCAUUAGUAAUAUCAAUGAUGAUAUCAAUAAUAAUCAUUCAACAUUUGAUACAACAGAUGAAAUGAUUAAAUUAGAAUCAAAUAAUUCAUCAUCAAUAUCAAGUAUAGAUGAUGAUCGACAUUUAACAAUACAGAUACCAUCAUCACCACAACAACAGAUAUCAAGUCCAAUAUUUAAUAUGCAAAUGGAACAAACAACAACAACAACAAUUCCUUCCAAUCGUCGAUCUAUUCGACCAUCAUCAACUCGUAAAAUAGUUGGUGAUAAUGUACAAAUUUCAUCAGUCAACAUGUCUGAACCUGAUCCAAAUGUAUUUCUAAUAUCAUCUGAUACAAAUUCUCAUAAUACAAUACGAAAAACAAAACAUGAUGUUAAACGUUUUGUUAUGUAUAUAGAUGAACAAUUCGGUGAACAAAAACCUUUACAAACUUUAUCAGCUGAAUCAUUAUGUAAAUAUUUAAAACAUUAUUUUGAAAAUACAAAAAAAUUCGAUGGUACACAAUAUGAACCAGAUACAUUAAGGAGUUUUUUAUUGAGUAUUGAACGUUAUUUAAAAAGUAAAAAUUAUGAAUUUAAUCUCAUGGAAUCACCAUUAUUUCAAACAUGUAGACAAAUUAUUAUAAAUAAACGUGAACAAUGGAAAAAAAUGGGUGGUGGAAAUCAUUCAAAUAAUCAUCAUCAAUCAAAAUCAUUAUUAACAUCAUUAAAUAUAAAAAAUUUAACAAUAUUUGAUCGAACAAAACCUGAUUGUUUAUUACUUGAAAUUUAUGUUCAUUUAACUAAACUUUGUCAUGAUAAAAUUGCAUCUAUUGUACAAUUAUUUUGGAGUGAUAUUGAAUUAAUUGAUGAUCAAUAUCUUGUAUAUCAACAUCAAAAAACAGAAAAUCAAACAAUAAGAUUGUAUGCAACACCAAAUCAACCAUCAACAUGUCCUGUACAAGCUUAUCGUCUUUAUGCAAUACAUCGACCACCACAAUGCAAUACACCACAAUCACCAUUUUUUCUUACGCCACGUGUUUCAAAUGUUCAUCAUAUAUGGUAUAAGACAACAGCAGUUGGUAAAAAUCUUGAACAAAUACUUCAAAAUGCUAUUCAACGUAAUAUUUCUCCAGAACAAUCAUCCGUCUCAUCUUCCAUUUCAAAUUUCAAAAUUCUUGAACAUUCAUCACCAUCAUCAUCGUCAAUUCUAAAUGAUUCAUUAUCUCCAACAUUAAUUCAUAAUGGAAAACGAAAUGAAUCAAGUACAUCAUCACCUAGUUUAUUAACAUCAUUAAAACGUAUACAUUCAUCAAUAUCUUCAGUACAACCAUUAAAUUUAUCUGUUACAGCACCCACUACACUUAUAGAAGAUGAUAGUGGUACAGCAUCAUCAUCUCCAACAAAUUCAAUAUCAAAUGAUAUUAUUCCAUCAUCUUCCUUAAAUAUGAAAUUAUCAUCAGUUGCUGAUAUAUUUCAAAAACAAUCAUUAUCACCAAUAAUUAAUCCCGUUUGGGAUGAAAGUGUUACUGAUAUAUUAUUAACUGUUGCAAAACAACGUGAUACACGUGUAGUUAAAAUAAAUAUUCUUCGAACAUAUUUAGAAGAAAAAUUAGGUGUAGUAGAAUUUUUAUGUCUUUAUCGUGGUUUUAAAUCUGAACCAAAAUUAACAUUUCAUGGGACACCAUGGGAACAUUAUCAACGUUUUUUACCUGUUCUUUUUACAUUACUUGCACUUGACAAUACGGCUGUUUAA